CUUGAAAUGCUCUGAAAGAGACGUAGGCGCCGCCUUGCAGUGGAACACUCUCCUUCACCGAUUUGUGGUAUCGUAUGGAGGGUCCCAGCCGGGCGAGGGAGGCUCGAUCACAUUAGAAGGCACACUCGACCCUCUGGCCGGUCUCCUUGAUUCAGCAAGUGUGCUGGUGUGGACUCCAGCACUGGGCGGAGGAUCAUGGCGCGUUUUACUUGCUUCCACCGUCCUCUACGAAUGUCUCCGCGUGCUCGUCGUGUCCUUUCCUGGUGCCGUGGAAAGAUGGCCAAGACAGUGUUUGUUGUGCGUCGUUUAAGCCUUGAAUUGUUUCGAUUUUCCAGAGUUGGUGUGACUUCCAACAAACAAAUUGCCACUGUUCAUGCUCACGCCAUGCAUGCGAUGCAUUUAAAGCGAAUCUUUCGAAGGGACCAUUGCAGUGCUUUUGGGCACAAUUUCUCUUUUGAUGUGUGGGGGAAUAUCAUAUCAUUUCUUCAAGCUGAUGAUUUGAUCAGACUCUCCCUGGCGAAUCAUGCCUUAUAUGCUUUGGUGAUGGAAGAUCAUACGUGGAAAGGAAUAUGCCGACGAGAUUUAAAGAUUCCGUUUGAUAGUAACAUGGAAACUUCGUUCAGCUGGAGAAGACUCCAUCGUGCAGCUUUCGAUGGGAGCCAUUCAUAUGUUCGUGACAAAUCAGCCAAACAUAUAGAUUGGAUGAGAAUUGGAGCGUUUACGAUCAUUUCCGGCGAGGUUCUUGUCAGUGGAACUGCUCGAAUGCAAGCAAUUGAAGACAAAAUUUUCUUUGAGACGCAGAAAGACCAAACGCUAUUAUCACUUUGUGGGGUCAAAACGGGUCCAUGGAUUGCAGAUCUUCAUCUGGUACACUGUCCGUUGUGCAGUUCUUGUGAAGGCACAAUGCAAGUUUUUGAUGCUCGACACUGGGACCUGUUUCUUGAGGAGAAGUACCAAUCAGAGGACUGGAAGCAUGAAGAAGUUGUUUCUUAUAUCGUCGGGGAUCAUUGUCCCUGGGCAAUUUCCGGUAUAUUUGACACAACAAAGAUACACAUCAAGAACUCUCCAGAUGAGUUAUUCUCUUUCAACUCGCGCGACUAUGCUGCCACAUAUUGGGAGCCAAGAUUCAGGACUUCAUCGUAUUCAGCGAUUGCCUUCACAGCUCUGAAAGAGAAUAAAGGUUUGCAGGUCAAGUACUACGUCAUGAGAGCAGGAUCGGAGGGACGGAUAGUUGGACUCCGAGUUACACACCAGUUAGUCUGAACUCGAGCUUAUAAUGUUAGCUCCGCUUGAAUUCAUGCGAUUAUAGUUGUUGGGGAUACGACGAAGGUCGAACUUGGGCUGCUAACGCUGUAAUGUACUGUGAAUUCGACCAACAUUGGUGCUGGAAGGAAAUAUCUUAGUUCGGAGUGUUUUGACCAGCUAUCGACCAUAUUUCGCAUGCUGAAGAUGCCCUAAAAGUGUUAAUUUACAACAGAGAGAUAACGAGACAGACGUUUUAAGGAAAACAUUGUGAAGAAGGAUUUUUCUAUUGCAAAUUCAAUUUCUCAUAAACUGCUCGUAGUAGGUUUUCAGUCACAUUCUUAAAAGCUGAAGAAUGAUUUU